CAAUAUUCAGGGCUGUCAUGGAAUCCAAGUCGGUUUUGCUUUUUGUCGGAAUUACAAACCAAUAUUGGUUUCAUUUGGUGUCAUGAAACCGGAUUGGUUUUGCUCUUUUCGAACAUAAACAAAACCGAUGUUCGAAUCAGCUGUUUUGCUCAUUUGUGUGCAUGGCGGCAAUUUGAAUGUACAUUUUUUUGACACAAUUUUUUAAAAUUGAAUUGUUUUCAUUAAUUUAAAUAAAAGUAAGUGAGCGCAAAAUGACAUCCGCAGUUAUCGCAUUUCUGUUCUUGGAAGAAGAAAGUUCCGAGAAGGUUAAAAGAAAAAUUUUGAGAGAUUGCGGCGAUCCACUUGAGCUGCCCGAGACAGCUUUCAUAGCAUAUUAUCGCCUAAACAAAGAGGUACUUGACACCAUUGAAGGGCACUUGACACGUUCGAAAGUUCCACCAGUGCUGCAGUUAGCAGCUUCGUUGCGAUUUUUAGCAGAAGGAUCCUGUCAAAGAUCAGUCGGGAACGAUUCUAGCAUAAGUGUAGCUAGAAGCGCGGUGUCAACGAUUUUAGAUGAUGUGCUUAAGGUUAUGGAGCGGUUCAUUUGCCCUCAGUGGGUGAAACUAGAAAUGGACUGCAUCGAAAAGCGCAUAUCAAGAGACUAUUUUUACUUAAAGUACAAAAUUCCCUCAAUAAUUGGUUGCAUCGACGGGACACACAUAAAAAUCAUUAAGCCCAGUAUUGACGAACAUUUAUUUUAUAAUCGAAAAUAAUUCAGUAUGAAUGCC